GAAAAUCAAAUCACCAAGCAAUUCAGAAAACAAAGAAAAGAUAGCAAAAAUCCACUUAAGGGUCUCAGCUUUUUUUCUAGUAUUGCUAAAACAAAGAAACUCCAAGAUAGAGAGAAAGAGGAAGGGUCCUCUCAUUCUCUCCCAUCUGUCUCAUCAUCUCCUUCAUAACAAUAUCCAAAACUCAGACUCUUCCUUCUCUCAACAGAUGCAAAUUCUGUAAUAUCAAUCAAUUUUAAUCUAUCAAAAUCUCUAUUUUCAUUUUUCUUUUAGAGCUUGAUUUUUGUCUUCUCUCUGCUGCUGCUGCUGCUGCUGCUUCUCUUCAAGUGUACUGCAAAAUUAUUGGAUCAUCAUCCACCACUCUUGCCUGUGCGCAGGUUUUAUUCACAAGCCAAAGAUUUUCACUGCUUCCUCUCUUUUGGUUUUCUGUUAAUGUUCAGAGAGUGUUAGAAAUAACCCUAGAAGAAGAACCCAUUUGCAGGAGGCAUAAGGGUUAAGGGAGGACUCACAAUCACAGAACUGCAUAUCCAAUUUAAUAAGAUCCAUCUGAGAAAAGAAACGCACACACAAAAUCAUGGAGUCGAUCCCUGAAAUGGACUUAUCCAACUCUGAGAACACCAGCUUCGAUAGUAUAAAAACCAUCACUGCCACCACCGCAACUACUAACUCGGCGGCAACUUCAUCAUCACCAUCAUCAUCUACUACUCCUAGCCGCUAUGAGAACCAAAAGCGUCGAGACUGGAAGACCUUUGGUCAAUAUCUCAACAACCAUAGACCUCCCCUCUCUCUCUCCAGGUGCAGUGGCGCUCAUGUCCUUGAAUUCCUUCGCUAUCUCGAUCAAUUUGGUAAGACCAAAGUGCAUACUCCAAUCUGUCCUUUUUAUGGACACCCAAAUCCCCCAGCUCCCUGCCCGUGUCCUCUUCGCCAAGCCUGGGGCAGUCUCGACGCUCUCAUCGGACGACUCCGGGCAGCCUUCGAGGAAAAUGGAGGCAAACCUGAAGCAAACCCUUUUGGAGCCCGUGCAGUACGGCUUUAUCUUCGCGAGGUUCGUGAUUUGCAGUCCAAAGCAAGAGGGAUCAGCUACGAGAAAAAGAAGCGUAAGCGUCCACCACAGCAGCAAAUCCAAGCUCUGCCGCCACCACCAGGUGCAACUUAACAAUUUAAAAAAAAAAAACUUCCAUCUAGCAGUCUACAAUAUUUACCUUGUAUGUGGGUACUUUUCUUUUAGUAGCAUAUUUAGGGUUAGCUGCUUUAUUAUCAUUAUUUUUUUUUUAAGAAAGAAAAAUCUGGGUUGCUUUUUCUGUUUGCUUUGACGGAAACCAUGGCUAGAUCUGGGGAUACCAUGAAUCUGCUUUUGAUGCAAACAGUAGCAGUUGUAAUAUUACUAUUGUAGUGGGACUAGUGGUGCUAGAAAAGUUGCUGAAGAAGUGAUUGUACUUGCAAGUUUAUGGUCUGAAAAACUGAUGAGAGAGCAUCUAAUUGCUCAUAGAUUAAUUAUAUGUACUGAAUAUUUAUGUAUGCCAAGCCAUAGUUUGCAUACCA